GAAAACAGGUUGUUCGGUUGAUCAUGUAAAAGUCGUUUUCGAUUGAAAGAUUCGAACUUUGAAGCAAAUGAUAUGGCCGAUAUUCCGUUGCCAUUCUCAAAUCCUUCGCUAAUGGGAGUUCCUCAGAACAAGAUUCCAUCGAUUAAAUCUGCAAACUUUUCUCAAAUCCCUUCGUGGGUCUCUCUAAAGACUAGCCCCAGUUCAUUGAAAAUCCCUCAAAGCCAACAAGGGCAGGUUGAGAAUGUAUAUUUGGUUUCUUUAUCGAGACAGGGGAAGCUCAAAGAAGCUCGUGAUUUCCUGAAAGAAAUGGAUCGAGCAGGUGUUUCUGUUAGCCCCAAUUCAUAUGAGUGUCUGUUGGAAACCUGUAGAGAAAUAGGCUCAUUAUCGGAUGGAAGAUUGAUACAUGAUCGGUUGCGGAGAAUGAUGACGAUCCCACCUUUGUUUUUGGUGAAUUGUGUUCUGCAGAUGUACUGCGAUUGUGGUGGUUUCCGGGAUGCAGAGAUACUGUUUGAUGGAAUGCGUGAAAGAAAUCUGACAUCUUGGUCUAUACUUAUUUCUGCUUAUGCGCAGAUGGGAAAUUUGGAGAAAGCGUUUUGGUUUUUCUCACAAAUGCUUGAGUCAGAAAUCAGGCUGAAUUCGUCCGUCUACGCCCGCCUCUUGAAGUAUUUGACUCAUCCUUCUCUUUUGGAGAUUGGUAAACAGAUGCAUUCACUCAUUUUAAGGACGGAGUUAGGCAAUAGUGUUUCUGUUAAUACAGCAAUAUCGAAUAUGUAUGUGAAGUGUGGGUGGCUGGAGGGUGCUCAGCUUCUUUUUGAUAGGAUGUCUGAAAAGAAUGCUGUAGCUUGGACGGGGUUGUUAAUGGGACACGUGCAUGCUGGAAAACGGAAAGGUGCUUUGGAGCUGUUUGCUAAUAUGGUAAGAGAGAGUGUUGAAUUGGAUGAGUUUGUUUUCUCGAUUGUUCUCAAGGCUUGUGCUGGCUUGAAGGACUUGAAUUCAGGGAGGCAAAUUCAUGGUUACAUUGUUAAACUUGGAUUGGAACCUGAGGUUUCUGUGGGAACUCCUCUUGUAGACUUAUAUGUCAAAUGUGGGAGUUUUGAAUCUGCUUGUCAAGCAUUCAAGAGAAUAAGUGAUCCUAAUGAAGCUUCAUGGAGUGCCAUGAUCUCUGGCUAUUGUCAAAUGGGUAAAUUUGAGAAAUCUAUUAAGAUUUUUAGAUCAUUAAGGAACAAAAAUGGAGUUUUAAAUUCAUUUGUGUAUACCAGUAUUUUUCAAGCAUGUUCUGCACUUGCCGACUAUAAUAUGGGUGCCCAAGCUCAUGCAGAUGCCAUAAAAAGAGGCCUAGUUUCAUAUCUAUGUGGGGAGAGUGCAAUGAUUACUAUGUAUUCAAAAUGUGGCAGAUUAGAUUAUGCAAAUCGUGCCUUUGAAUCAAUAGAGAAGCCUGAUACUGUGGCUUGGACUGCCAUUAUAUCUGGUCAUGCUUAUCAUGGAAAUGCUUCUGAAGCUCUAAGGCUUUUCAGGAAGAUGCAGGACUCUGGUUUAAGGCCAAAUGCAGUUACAUUUGUGGCAGUAUUAACUGCUUGUAGUCAUUCAGGUUUGGUUGCAGAUGCUAAGCAGUAUUUUGAGUUGAUAAGUAAGCAUUAUGGUCUGGAACCAACUAUUGAUCAUUAUGACUGCAUGAUUGAUGUAUACUCCCGUGCUGGGCUACUGCAAGAAGCAUUUGAAGUGAUAAAGAAUAUGCCCUUCAAUCCCAGUGUUAUGAGUUGGAAAUGCCUAAUGAGUGGAUGUUGGAUCCAUAAGAAUCUCGAGCUGGGAACAAUGGCAGCUGAAAACCUUCUGCAGCUGGAUCCAGAUGAUACUGCAGGUUAUAUUCUCAUGUUUAACCUAUAUGCUUCCUAUGGAAAAUGGGAGGAGGCAGCUCGUGUGAGAAGUAUGAUGACUACAAGAAAGUUGAAGAAGGAACUCAGCUGUAGUUGGAUUACUGUCAAGGGCAAUGUGCAUCGGUUCAUAGUUGGUGAUAAACACCAUCCUCAGACAGAGGAGAUCUACUCAAAGUUAAAGGAGUUAAAUUCUUCUGUAGCGAAUAGGGAAAACGACCUCCUAACUGAAGAAGGUGUAACAUGUACCCUUCCAGAGCGAGAACAACAGCUUCUGGACCAUAGUGAAAGACUUGCCAUGGCAUUUGGGCUCUUAUCUACACCAAAUAAUUCUCCCAUCGUAAUUUUCAAGAAUCUAAGGACCUGCAAACACUGCCAUGAAUUUGCAAAACGAGUAUCCAUGGUCACAGGGCGUGAACUCAUUAUUCGAGAUUCCUUAAGAUUUCAUCACUUCCAGUCAGGGCAAUGCUCUUGCAAUGAUUAUUGGUGAUUCCCAGUUUCCCACAAAUUCUUGCAGUUAUUCUUUGAGGUAUUCAUUGGCAUUCUCUCUUCUUAGUUCUUGCAUCCCUGUGCAUCAUCAUGUCAAGGAAAAUAAUUUGGGCUGACCUCAGGCAAUAGUUCGUCCACAUUGGCUUGAAGCUUAUGUUGUUCAUAAAAUUGAUUAGACCACAUGGCGCCACCAGGUUACUUGUGUCCUCAAUAACUGACAUUUGUCAGAACUAGAAACACAAAAAUCAUGUGGUUGAAUUUCAUUACUUUGGUUAAUAGUAAUAUACUCCAAACUUUUUGUCCGGUCGUUUAGCAGUCUUUCUUAUCUAAUAGCAACCACGUGAAAGGCGAUGGCUUAUACAGAAAAGACCCUCCCUGGUACCUGCAGAGGCCGUGGGACUGGACAUGAAAUCCGUAUGAUAUACCAAUGGUGGCCUGCCAUGGCCGAUGAAUUGUAUGAUUGAUUAGUGGUUGCUGGUGAUGGCAGCCAUUUUCUAGUAGUGGAGGUAAAGUACAGGUGUCUGAAGUGGGAAGCACAAACCUUAAUGAGGCAACACGUGGGAGUGUGUCAGGGUUGAGAGUCCGCAGAAUGGAUGAUGAAUUGAUGUUUUAUGAUUGUUGCACAAAAGGAGACUCUUAAGGGGUCCAUGCCACUGAUAACCAGCAUUUCCAUCUCUUUCACCAUGGAUAGGAAUCUUUGCCUCCACUUCCUUUGGCAAGUGCGCACUUUAUCUAUUAGAAUAGGAAAUUAUUAGCAAUAAUGCCAGUAUUUCAUUUUUCUUUUCUUUUUUCCAUUUGUGUUUUGCUAUCAUCUAGGUCAGUGAAAUGUUGGCGUGACAUAUAAAUAGGGCCUCCGUAACCCUCUGACGCCUAAUAAUUUUUCAAGUUGAGG